AUGGAGGCGCCGGCGGACGUCGUCCCGUCCGUCGAGACGACGAUCGUGAACAAUGACGACCCUCCAACGAAGCCCGCUCUGACGCCGCCGACGAGCGAAGACAUGGACAAGAGAGAUGAGAGGAUGUCCUCGGAGCUCUCGGACAUAGAGAGCGACGACGACGAGGAAAUUGAGCCUGACCAUUACUGGGACGGCGGAAAGGUACCCGUCUUCAAGCCGACCAUGGACCAAUUCCGCAACUUCAAGAAGUUCGUCGAUAAGGUCGACAAGUACGGCAUGAAGUCCGGGAUCGUAAAAAUCAUCCCUCCGAAGGAAUGGCGCGAUGCGCUGCCAGAUCUCAGCGAAGCCGUCAAGACGAUCAAAGUCAAGAACCCGAUCAUGCAAGAAUUCGCCGGCCAGCAUGGCAUAUACACGCAAGCCAACAUCGAGAAGCAGCGGACGUAUAAUCUGCCGGAAUGGAAGGCGGUGACGCUGGAAGCCCACCACCAACCGCCCGCCAAGCGAGGCGAGCGCCGGAGGGUUGCCGCCGAGGCACCGACUCGGACACGCUCCACAAGAGCUCAGGCCUCCACCACUAACGCCGAGGACUCCACCACCCAGCCAAGGCGUGGGCCAGGUCGACCCCGCCGCCGACCGCUAAAGACAGAAGAGAAGAGGAAUGAUGAAGAAGGCGAAGAAUCUGUCGACGUUCCUCCUACGCCAAAAUCGCCCGGCAAUGAUGAGCAGACGCCGGUCAAGAAGAUCAAGAAGGAGGAACAGGAUGACACCACUCCGACUAGACCAAGAGGCCGUCAACCAAGAGGCGACCAAAAGAAGUCCACCGCUUCCCGCCGGAUGAACAACCGAACCGCUAUGGCAGAUUUCGUUGACGAGGAAGCCUUCAACAACUUCGACUACCACCUCUCCAACGUUGACGAGUACACGGUCGAGCGGUGCAAAGAGCUUGAAGAGAACUAUUGGAGGACUAUCAACUACGGCCAACCAAUGUAUGGAGCCGAUAUGCCUGGAUCGCUGUUUGAUGACCGGACGACAUCUUGGAACGUUGCGAAGCUUCCUAACCUCCUUGACGUGCUCGGGACUAAGGUCCCCGGCGUCAACACCGCAUAUCUCUAUCUGGGAAUGUGGAAAGCUACCUUUGCUUGGCAUCUAGAAGACGUCGAUUUGUACAGCAUCAACUACAUCCACUUCGGAGCCCCCAAACAGUGGUACAGCAUCUCGCAAGAAGAUGCUCGACGCUUCGAAGCCGCCAUGAAGAGCAUCUGGCCCCGCGAUGCGAAGAAUUGUUCACAAUUCCUACGGCACAAGACGUACCUCAUCUCGCCUCAACAACUAGAGAAGCAGUUCAAUAUCAAAGUCAAUAGACUUGUUCAUUACGAAGGUGAAUUCGUCAUCACCUAUCCGUACGGCUACCACUCUGGAUACAACAUUGGAUACAACUGCGCUGAAUCUGUUAACUUCGCGAAUGAAGCUUGGCUAAGCUACGGAAGGAUCGCUAAAAAGUGCGAGUGCGAAGCCGACAGUGUCUGGGUCGACGUGAAUGAAAUCGAACGCAAGCUACGAGGCGAGCCAACACCAGAGUACUACGAAGAGACGGAUGAUGAGGACGACGAAGACGGCGCAGAUCACCUGCCCAGCCCUCCCCCAAGUGUUAAGGGCAAGCCAAGAGGCAAGCCAGGCCGGAAGCCCGCCAACAACAAGAGGAAGAGGGGCAACGAGGAACCCGGGGAAGCGCCGAAGCCCAAGAAAGUCAGACGCAUUCGGAUCCGCAUUAAGGUGCCCGGCCGAGGGAUGCCAUGCAUUCUGUGUCCGAAUGACGUGGAAUACGACGACCUGUUACCUACGGAUAACGGCAUGAAGGCACACCGAAUCUGUGCCGAUUACACGCCCGAGACUUACAUUGCCGAGAAGGGCGGCGUCGAAACCAUAUGUAACGUUGCCAACAUCGGAAAGGACCGCCUGGAGUUGAAGUGCAAUUACUGCCGCUCGAAGCGCGGGGCUGUCUUCCAGUGUUCACAGAAGAAGUGCACGAGGGCUUUCCACGCCACAUGCGCUGCCGCAGCGGGCGUCCAAGUCGACCUUGGCCCAAUGCCGACCUUCGAUGAAGAAGGUACCGAAUAUUUCUAUGAUGGCUACGACUUCCGAUGCCGCUUCCACCGGCCGAAGAAGAGGAAUGCGAAGACCGUGGAUGUCGACUUGCUAGAGAAAGACAAGUUCGUUCUCAACUAUGCUAAGUCACUCAAACCCAAAGACGUCAUCCAAUUCCAGUAUGCGGGCGGUGAGAUGUACCAGAUCUAUGGUGCCCAAGUGGUUGAGAACAGGCCGGGCGAACAAGCCCUUUUGGUAGACGUGCUGCCUGACGGUGACCGCGUUGAAGUGGAAUGGAAGUAUCUCCUGAAACUUGAUCCCGCGGAUUCGCAACGGCCGAAGCCUUCUGCCAAUGCUAAACCGCUACCUGAGCAUCUCAAGGAGAAUGACGCAUCAUUGGACAUCACUAAUCGUACAGACGGCGUCCCUGAAAUGGGCGAUCCCUUCCACGACCCUAACUCCGGGCAGAAGUGGGCCGAGUUCAACACUGCUCCAGAAGUCGCUCGCAAAGUAGCCAAGGUCGACUUCAGCAAGGACAACCGACUCUGGUACUAUCUUGGAAAGACGUCAACAGAAGCCAGACCACAAUAUACGGAGAAUCUAGCAAAGCCUCAGCACAAUCCUAAGAGUAACUUCCUAGAUACGGUUAAGCCUCCGCCACCCGCAAUACCUGCAUUCGCGCGCCAAUCUUUCCCAGCUUCAUACCCGAUCAAACCAGCACCUUCGUCUGUUCCACGCACGCCUGUGCAGCAAACGAUCCGACCUGCAGGCAAGCCUUAUAAUUACAAGCCAAAAGAGUCUAUGAUGACGACUUUCCGGUCUCCUAUGUAUGCGCCCGACACCCGAAAGAAUCCCAACUCCCCGGUGGCACAUCAACCCAAUGUCGUGUAUGAUCACCGGGUCUCGGCUCCUCAAUACGGACAAUCAGCAUACGCGACUUCCUAUCACCAUCAUCGGCCGCCGCAGUACCUUCCAUAUGCCCCUCCGCAGACCUACUCGACAUCUGGUUGGAAGACGCAACCAGCCACAUCCGGACCCCUCAACGGCAUCGAUCAGUAUGCUCAUACGACCCGGACCAACCAAGCGCUGCCCCCAUAUCCGUAUCACGCGACGCCUUCCGGGCAAUUGCCGCCUUUCCCAUACUCACAGGCUCAAGGUCCGAUGCCGCGUCCCGCGUAUAGUCCGCCUGCCUCUCACGGUUCUAUGUCGCGACCCCAGUCAACUUCGCACGGUGCGCCAAUCUCAAGCAUACUGAGCAGCAGCCCAACUGCCACGCCCAAAAAUCCAAUGUACGCCCACGAACAAUCUUCUUCCGUCGUUUCUACUUCCCAAUCCUCCCUAUCGCAAACUGAAUAUCUUGCCUACGUCACGAAGUAUCCGUAUUUGAAGAACGCGUUUUUAAGGAGAGCAAAAACUUACAUUUCACCUUACAGUCCGGAUGGUGGCUUCAACCCGGAAUGGAUGCCAAAGCCAGCGAACAGCAGCGCGAGCGCCACUCCAGGCGUGGCUGCGCCGAGGCCAUUACCGCCGAGCCAGUCCUCUCCACGCGGUCUAGGGCUGAACUUCCAAGGAGGGAUGCCGCCGGUCCCAAGGCCUGCGCCGCAGUUUCAGUCAGCAGAUGCCUUCCAGCGGGAUAUCGCCAAGGCACAUCGAUCUCCAAUCGGCCCACCAAAAUGGGAGCAUAUGUUUAAGCAGCUUGGUACAGCAACGGCAGCGCCAUCUAUGUCCGCUAUGACGACAUCUGCGAGUUCCGCGCCCAUGGCAUCUCAGCUGCCCACAACCCUGCCGACGAACGCAUCGCAUGGGGCGCCCAAGACCGCCACACCACCCAUGCCACUCCCACAUCAUAUGCAGAGUCACACACCACCGCUGCCUCCGCCGAGCGAGCCUCAGCGGCCGAUACCAAGCCCGCUUAGCGACGCAUCGAAGAGUCCGAAGAGGCCCGAAUACAGUCCUAUUAGCGAUGAUGGAAAAGGUGGCGCUCAGCCAACAUUGCUCCCGCCUCUUCAUAGCGGGGAGACGUGGCGGUAUACCCAGUGA